AUGUUUGAUUUAACCAAUAAAUUAGACUCCCCUGAUAACCUUUCCGAGAACGAUACCUAUAAAGACACUUUAUUGGAUUCUUUCCGGUAUAUAAAUGGCCGAAGGUACCAUAACAAUAGUGAUGUAGGCUAUUUGCUUCCAAAUGAUGAAGAUGAAGCGGAUAGAUUAAAUUUUCAACAUUCUUUAUUGAAAUAUGCGUGGCAAGGAAACCAUUCAUCACCAGUACAAGAACGACUGGCCAAAGGAAAGGCCAGAGUAUUGGAUGUCGGAUGCGGAACCGGAAAAUGGAUUCUCGAAAUGAGCCGCGACUACCAAAAUUCUAUUUUUAUUGGUUUAGAUAUUUCACCAAUGUUUCCUGAUCCUUUAGAGACUCCUUCAAAUGUUGCAUUUUUACAGUGCAAUGUUAAUGAUGGCAUCCCUUUUCCUGAUAAUACUUUUGAUUUCGUUUUUCAACGUUUUUUCUCAAAAUAUGUAACUGCUGAGCAAUUGGAAGGUGUUGCACGAGAAAUAGUGAGAGUGACCAAGCCAGGUGGAUGGAUCGAAUUUUUUGAAGAUGACAUUGAAUAUGAAAAAAUUGAUCAUUUCGGAUUGCAAAUAUUGAAUGCAGUUUUUGCUGCCAUUGAAGCAAAGAAAGGAAACCCACAUCCGACCGCAAUUAUUCCAUCAAUUCUUCAAACGAUACCAGAGUUAUCAAACAUCCAUUAUAAAAAAGUUUCGAUCCCAAUAGGUAAAUGGGGUGGAAAGCUUGGUGAAUUGAUGUCAAGGCUGCAUCUAAAAACAUUUCAAAAUUUUGCUCUUAUCAUGACAUCAACAUUAAACAUUUCAUAUGAAAUACAUGACGAUAUACGCAAAGUUGUUGCUCAAGG